AGCCCGGGCGAUAGCAUCGGCGGCGGCUGGAGGAGGAGCGGCCGGAGACGAGUGCAAGCCCGCCCGGCAGCCGGGGCAGGUGGGAAGCCCGCGCGGGAGCCGAGCUGACACGAGCCGGAGACGCCGCAGCCGAGUCCGAGCGGAGCCCGGGCGGAGCCCAGGAGCUCUCGCUCGCGGGCGGCCCGUGGGCGGCAGCCGAGGCGGGGCGGGCGCCGGCGGGGCGGCCCCCCAGUAAGAUGUGCGCAGCGCCGCGGGGCGCCCCUACUCGCAGAGGCGCUCGGGAGCCGGGCGGCUGGGCCAGGCGGCGCCUCGGGGGCUGCUGCGCGCCCGCGCCUAGAGCUGCCGCCCCAGGGAGCCCGCCACGGCCGCGCCCCGGGCACGCUCGGUGGCGCCCAACGAUGACCGCUCCCUGGCGGCGCCUCCGGAGUCUGGUUUGGGAAUACUGGGCCGGGCUCCUCGUGUGCGCCUUCUGGAUCCCAGACUCGCGCGGGAUGCCCCACGUCAUCCGGAUCGGAGGAAUCUUUGAGUAUGCGGACGGCCCCAACGCCCAGGUCAUGAACGCCGAGGAGCAUGCCUUUCGAUUUUCUGCCAACAUCAUCAACAGGAACAGGACUCUCCUGCCCAACACAACCUUGACUUACGACAUUCAAAGGAUUCAUUUCCAUGACAGCUUUGAGGCGACCAAGAAGGCCUGUGACCAGCUGGCACUGGGUGUGGUAGCCAUCUUCGGACCAUCACAGGGCUCCUGCACCAAUGCUGUCCAGUCCAUCUGCAACGCCUUGGAGGUGCCCCACAUCCAACUUCGCUGGAAGCACCACCCCCUGGACAACAAAGACACCUUCUAUGUGAACCUCUACCCCGACUACGCCUCCCUCAGCCACGCCAUCCUCGACUUGGUCCAGUCCCUCAAGUGGCGGUCAGCAACCGUGGUCUAUGAUGACAGUACAGGUCUCAUCCGGCUGCAGGAGCUCAUCAUGGCCCCAUCCAGGUACAACAUUCGCCUGAAGAUCCGCCAGCUCCCCAUCGACUCGGAUGACUCACGGCCCUUGCUCAAGGAGAUGAAGCGGGGCCGGGAGUUCCGAAUCAUCUUUGAUUGCAGCCACACCAUGGCAGCCCAGAUCCUCAAGCAGGCCAUGGCUAUGGGCAUGAUGACGGAGUACUACCACUUCAUCUUUACCACUCUGGAUCUCUACGCACUGGACCUGGAACCCUACCGAUACUCGGGGGUGAACCUGACUGGGUUCCGCAUACUCAACGUGGACAACCCCCAUGUCUCAGCCAUUGUGGAGAAGUGGUCCAUGGAGCGACUCCAGGCAGCUCCCCGGGCGGAGUCUGGCCUCUUGGAUGGAGUGAUGAUGACGGACGCAGCCCUGCUCUACGAUGCCGUCCACAUCGUGUCUGUGUGCUACCAGCGAGCGCCGCAGAUGACCGUGAUCCUGCAGUGCCAUCGGCACAAGGCCUGGCGCUUUGGUGGCCGCUUCAUGAACUUCAUCAAGGAGGCUCAAUGGGAAGGAUUAACUGGACGGAUUGUUUUCAACAAAACCAGUGGUUUGCGGACUGAUUUUGAUCUGGACAUCAUCAGCCUGAAGGAAGAUGGCCUGGAGAAGGUUGGGGUGUGGAGUCCAGCUGACGGUCUCAACAUCACUGAGGUUGCCAAAGGCCGAGGUCCUAAUGUCACCGACUCUCUGACCAACAGGUCGCUCAUCGUCACCACUGUGCUGGAGGAGCCCUUCGUCAUGUUCCGCAAGUCCGAUAGGACCCUUUACGGCAACGACCGCUUCGAGGGCUACUGCAUUGACUUGCUCAAGGAGCUGGCGCACAUCCUGGGCUUCUCCUAUGAGAUCCGGCUGGUGGAAGAUGGCAAGUACGCACAGGACGACAAGGGCCAGUGGAACGGCAUGGUCAAGGAGCUCAUUGACCACAAGGCAGAUCUGGCUGUGGCUCCCCUAACCAUCACCCACGUCCGAGAGAAGGCCAUCGACUUCUCCAAGCCUUUCAUGACCCUCGGCGUGAGCAUCUUAUACCGCAAGCCCAAUGGUACCAACCCCAGUGUCUUCUCCUUCCUCAACCCCCUUUCCCCAGACAUCUGGAUGUACGUGCUCCUCGCCUACCUGGGUGUCAGCUGUGUCCUCUUCGUCAUCGCCAGAUUCAGCCCUUACGAGUGGUAUGAUGCCCACCCUUGCAACCCCGGCUCCGAGGUGGUGGAGAAUAACUUCACACUGCUCAACAGCUUCUGGUUUGGAAUGGGCUCCCUCAUGCAACAAGGCUCUGAACUGAUGCCCAAAGCUCUGUCGACCCGAAUCAUCGGUGGCAUCUGGUGGUUCUUCACACUCAUUAUCAUCUCGUCCUACACGGCCAACCUGGCCGCCUUCCUGACCGUGGAGCGCAUGGAAUCACCCAUCGACUCUGCUGAUGACCUGGCCAAGCAGACCAAAAUUGAGUAUGGUGCUGUCAAGGAUGGGGCCACCAUGACCUUCUUCAAGAAAUCCAAGAUCUCCACCUUCGAGAAGAUGUGGGCCUUCAUGAGCAGCAAGCCCUCGGCACUGGUAAAAAACAACGAGGAGGGGAUCCAGCGAACACUCACAGCCGACUACGCUUUGCUCAUGGAGUCCACUACCAUCGAGUACAUCACACAGAGGAACUGCAACCUCACCCAGAUCGGUGGCCUCAUUGACUCCAAGGGCUAUGGCAUCGGCACACCCAUGGGCUCCCCCUACCGGGACAAAAUCACCAUCGCCAUUCUGCAGCUGCAGGAAGAGGACAAGCUUCACAUCAUGAAGGAGAAGUGGUGGCGAGGCAGCGGGUGCCCCGAGGAGGAGAACAAGGAGGCCAGCGCCCUGGGCAUCCAGAAGAUCGGCGGCAUCUUCAUCGUCCUGGCUGCCGGCUUGGUCCUGUCCGUGUUGGUGGCAGUGGGCGAGUUUAUAUACAAACUCCGCAAGACAGCGGAGCGGGAGCAGCGCUCCUUCUGCAGCACAGUGGCCGAUGAGAUCCGCUUCUCCCUCACCUGCCAGCGCCGUCUCAAGCACAAGCCGCAGCCUCCGAUGAUGGUCAAGACGGACGCGGUCAUCAACAUGCACACAUUUAACGACCGCAGGCUUCCAGGCAAGGAUAGCAUGAGCUGCAGCACUUCGCUAGCCCCUGUCUUCCCCUAGACCGUGGGUACAGCGGGGACGUCAGGCCUGGUCCACGCAGAGGAAAGCAAAGGAGACCGGAAGGGACAUCCUCAUCUCAUGCUGGCCUUGGGAAUGGAGCUGCUUGCCUGCAUCCAGCUGUGGACCGUCAGCUCUUACCUACCAGGAAACCAGUGGGCCCUAGGCCAGCUGCUUGGGCUUCAUCUCCUCUUGUCUUUUCUGUGGCUUUCUAAAGCUGUGAAGGCCAGCGGAAGCACAUGCCUCUCAGGCUCCCACUCGCCACCCCUCUCUUCUCCAUAGCCAGGUAUUUCUGCCAGGGCUCUGCGAGGCCUCAGAAGAUAGCUCUUAUACUCUCUUCCUUUCCCGCAAGCCUGGGACCUUCUAGCACGCAGCCAUGAGAGCAGAGACUCCAACUUUGAACACCUUAAGGAUAUUCUAAUGAGGCUGCCAGUGGGAGCCCAAAGGCACCAUCCAUCCAUCCAUGAACAGAAGCAAGGCUUCAGCCUUUAAGGGCUGUUCACCUGGGUCCGGUCUUCUCCACCUGGCUUCACCCACAGCAGCCCCUUGACAACAUGGAAAGCAGUGUGGGAAGGAGGAGUUUGGUAUGGGAGAAGAAGAGCACACAGACAGAGAGGCUGCGGUCUCCGAGAACGUGAAUGAGGUAGCAACCACGGCAAAUUCUUCUCCACUUCUGAAACAGAGAAGAGAAGACACCCUCUCUCAUAAGGAGUGUCCAAAGACUCAAUUGGCAUGGGAAGGUCAGCCGAAGAAAAACGGAUACUAUGAAAAUCCCAAAGGCCCUUGAUCUAAUAGACCGACUUGGCGGGUAAACAAGCCAGCAUUCAGGAACCCUGGGUUUUCCACCGUCUACUCAUUGGCGAGUCCCUGUCCCUGCUCAUUUGAAUUUGGCCUCCUUCUGUCAUCCCGAAAAGAGAAGAGCAGCCUCAACUGAUGGGCAAAAGAGGGGUUGGUGCCCCCCCUGCGCAGACAAACUUUGGGGUAGGUGGGAGGAGCCAGAGGGGACCUGAAGAACCUUCUGGGCAUGCCCAAUCUAAAGAGCCCCCUAGAGAAAGAAAGCUUUCAGGUGGAAUAUGAGACCUCCUGAGGUCCCCAGGCUGGGGAGGGAGAAGCUGCCUCCUGGAAAAUUAACCAAAGACCCAACACAGAGAUACAAGGCCAUCCUGGCCCCUAGUCUCUUUUCUGGGGCAGCUAUGGUCUGGGGGGAUUUGGGGGAGAAGAGAAGAAGCAGAGGAGAAGCCAGGGAGGGGACAGCCAAAGGGGUGAGCAGAUGACCUGUGGUUCCCACUCUGGAGGUUUGAAACUAUCAAAGUCUUAGGAAAGAUUCAGCUGUGAGGGGUUAGGCAAAAAGUGUCCUUACAGAGAGCAUGACAGGGCCAUCAGGGCCCCCACAGCUAAGGGUGGAAGUUGGUCUCUGAUGAGGGACCAGGGUGGGCAACAUGGGCUGAGAACUGGGGGACUCUAGUCCCACACUCCCCCACUUUCCUGGUGCUGCCAGGCCUGGAUGAGCUACAUCUAGAUCUCAAGAGCCCUCUCGGCAGAGGUGAAGGAACCCCUUCAGUCGAGCACCCUUCCACACUGGCGUGGGUGAUGAAUCCCGUCACGCUGGUUCUCGGGAGCUCUGGCUGCACUGGAGGGAGCGAGGAGAGACUGGCAGCCAAGCCCAGUGCAUGCGAUGAUAGGAAAAGCCAUGCUGGCAGGAAGGAGGAGCAUGCACAUGUCUGUGUGUUUGACUUUGUAUGUAUGCGUUUGGGGGGGGCUGAUGAUGAAGGACAGAUAUGAUGGAUAUAUAACAUAGUCCAUAGCAGGCAAUAAUAGGGGCCUCCUUUGGGACGUGUGUGUGUGUGUGUGUGUGUGUGUGUGUGUGUGUGUGUAUACAUGAGUGAAAUGGGGAGGAAGGAACCCAAUCAGGACCAGCAACGGAGCCUCAUCUAUGUAAAAACAGGAGAAGCCAUGUUGAGAUGGGGUUCUGAUGAAUAUAUGGAUGGAUGCAAGUGUUCAUGAAUUUGUGUGUGUGUGUGUGUGCACAUACAGUCAUGCGCACACACACAUAUGCACACAUCUGUGUACUGAAUGACAGAGGAUGGGAAGCAGGAUACAACCUGCAGCAUAGCCAAAUAUAUGUAAAAGGAGAAGCCAUGUCAUCAGAGGUCCUUGUAUGAGUGUGUGCGUACACACACACACACACACACACACACAGGUGUGUGGGCUUGUGUGCCCUGAAGACAGCAGGGAAGGUCAGACGAGACUGCUGUGCCCUGUGGGUGGAUGUGUGCUGUGCAGGAGGAGUCGUAUGAAAAUGGAGUGUGUGUGUGUGUGUGUGUGUGUGUGUGUGUGUGUGUGUGUGUGCUUGCUCAUACCCAUGCAUGUGCAGACGUGUACCUAAAUUCCAGUUC